UCGAUAGCUGAGCCGCACUUGCCGUGGCCCAUCGCUAGUCUAUGAGUCGCUUUUCUGUCAAAACAAAAGAAAGUUUUGUCCAGCUACACUUGAUUUGGCUUCUAUAAUCUCCUUCGCACCACCCAACUACGGCUUCACAGGGGGCGGCGUCCAGCGCUACGGAGGCGAACGAACGCACACCACUGAUGGCUGCUGUUAAUCUCCAGGCUUCGUGCUCCUCCGGACUCGCUUUCGGGGACGAUGCGACUGUGGGCAGCCAGAACGGCGAGGCGGAGCGUUUGGAGCGUCCUCCAAAGCGGCAACAUCAGCGAAACAACUACGGUUCCAGCAGUCAGGAUCAACCGGAUGCUGCCAUUCUUGCCGUUCCCAAUGUUGUGAUGCGAGAACCGGGAGCACAAAGACCUUCAAGACUGACUGCCGGCGGCGGCGGCGGAGGUGGUGGUCCGCCCACAAAUGAAACGGAAGAGGAACAGGGCUUGAAAUAUGGCGCCCAGCAUGUAAUCAAGUUGUUUGUGCCCGUCUCACUUUGUAUGUUGGUAGUGGUGGCAACCAUUAACUCCAUCAGCUUCUACAACAGCACGGAUGUCUAUUUACUGUACACACCUUUCCACGAACAAUCACCCGAGCCGAGUGUUAAGUUCUGGAACGCUUUGGCCAACUCUUUAAUUCUGAUGAGCGUGGUGGUAGUGAUGACCAUUCUGCUGAUUGUUUUGUAUAAGAAACGUUGCUACCGCAUUAUUCACGGCUGGCUAAUUCUCUCCUCAUUUAUGUUAUUAUUCAUCUUUACGUACUUAUAUUUGGAAGAGCUGCUUCGUGCCUAUAACAUACCCAUGGACUAUCCCACUGCCUUGCUUAUUAUGUGGAACUUUGGAGUAGUUGGAAUGAUGGCCAUCCAUUGGCAGGGUCCCCUGCGUUUGCAACAGGGCUAUCUUAUUUUUGUAGCAGCCCUCAUGGCAUUGGUUUUCAUUAAAUAUCUGCCAGAAUGGACUGCCUGGGCGGUUUUAGCAGCCAUUUCGAUUUGGGAUCUCAUAGCAGUCCUUUCUCCAAGAGGACCUCUUCGUAUCCUGGUGGAAACGGCCCAGGAGCGAAACGAACAAAUCUUCCCCGCUCUGAUCUACUCCUCCACUGUGGUUUACGCCCUUGUGAACACGGUUACGCCCCAGCAAUCGCAGGCCACUGCCUCAUCCUCGCCCUCGUCCAGCAAUUCCACCACAACCACGAGGGCCACACAGAAUUCACUGGCUUCACCGGAAGCAGCGGUGGUUAGCGGUGCACGCUCAGGUAACUCGCAUCCUCGACAGAAUCAGCGGGAUGAUGGCAAUGUACUGGCAACUGAAGGUAUGCCACUUGUGACUUUUAAAAGCAAUUUGCGCGGAAACGCUGAAGCUGCUGGUUUUACGCAGGAGUGGUCUGCCAAUUUGAGCGAGCGUGUUGCUCGCCGACAGAUUGAAGUUCAAAGUACUCAAAGUGGAAACGCUCAGCGUUCAAACGAGUAUAGAACAGUAACAGCACCAGAUCCCAAUCACCAGGAUGGGCAGGAAGAACGUGGCAUCAAACUCGGCCUCGGCGACUUCAUCUUCUAUUCGGUAUUAGUGGGUAAAGCCUCUAGCUACGGCGACUGGACGACCACGAUCGCUUGCUUUGUGGCCAUCCUGAUCGGGCUUUGUCUCACCCUUCUGCUGCUGGCCAUUUGGCGUAAGGCCCUGCCCGCUUUGCCCAUCUCAAUUACCUUCGGGUUGAUAUUCUGCUUCGCCACCAGCGCGGUGGUCAAGCCGUUCAUGGAGGAUCUAUCGGCUAAGCAGGUGUUUAUAUAAACUUAAAAAAGAAAGACAAGGACACAUCAAAUGUCUUACAGUAUCAUAGUCUAACAAAGCUUUUUGUAAUCCACUUCUUUAUUUAACAAAAUGCAAAGUAACAAACUCAA